AUGCUUGCCGAUCCCGUUCUCCGUUGUGCAGAUAUCCAAGCUUGCUGUUCGUGUCUUGGAUUCCGAGAGGGCGAUGUAUACAAAGUUGAUACGGAUGCAGAAGCAUCAAUCCGUGCACUGUUACGUUAUCUGAGGAACGAGAGCAGCAACUGCGACGUUCGUCGUGAACUUGGAAGGCUUAGAAUUCUCUCGAGUGAUCUUAUUCCUCUACUGCGCUCAUGUGUUGGCAACAAGACCUUGACGGAACUGACAAUACGUUUACUUGUGAACUUGACCCAACCUGCUAUCAUAUGCUUCAGACAAGAAGUCCCUAAAGACAGAGAUCUUUAUGGUGCUUAUGCUCAAGUGGAUGAUUUACUCCGGUCUUACAAAAAGGAUUUUGCCAAUUCGGAACUGUUUUCCGUCCUACGCAACUUAGUCGGUGAGCUACUAGAUCGGAAAUGGGAAGAGCGAAGCGAAGAUGAUCGUUUGCUGAUCGAGAGGGUGUUGAUUCUUAUACGAAACGUGUUACACAUUACUCCAGACUACUCGGAGGAGGGAACAACCGAUGAUAGCGUUUCCGUUCACGAUCAACUGCUCUGGAACAUUCAUGUUUCUGGUUGGGAUGAGCUACUGCUUUUCUUGGGCAAUGCUGAAGACGAACAAAUGUUUGCUUUCCACACUUUGGAAAUCAUCUCCUUGAUGUUUCGUGAGCAGACCCCCGAACUUUUGGCGUCUGCUGGAUCGUCGGAAGCGACAAAAAUGAGCGAGGCAAUUCGACGCCGCUGGGCCACGGAAAACGCUUUGAAACGUCAAGUUUUGUGUGACAUUUACUCACGGUAA